AUGUCGCCUCUUCAGAGCAAGUUCAUUACGGCUUACGACAAGCCACCCAAGACCUACAACAUAUAUGUUAUUGCCACUAUUUCGACCCUUUCAGGGUUAAUGUUUGGUUUUGACAUUUCCUCCGUCUCUUCUUUUGUGUCGCAAGAGCACUACUUGAAAUUCUUCAACCACCCAUCGGCCAUCGCUCAGGGUGGUAUCACCGCUGCCAUGUCCGGUGGCUCAUUCCUCGGCUCGCUUGCCUCUGCCUUCACUUCCGACACAUUGGGUAGAAGAAUUUCCAUGACCUUGUGUUCCUUCUUCUGGAUUGUCGGUGCCAUCAUCCAAUCGUCCUCCCAGAACCAGGGCCAAUUGAUUGCUGGUAGGUUGAUUUCUGGUAUUGGUAUCGGUUAUGGCUCCUCUGCGGCCCCAACCUACUUGUCUGAGAUUUCACCUCCAAAAGUCAGAGGUGCCAUUGGUAGUCUCUUCCAGUUUGCUGUUACCGUCGGUAUUAUGAUCAUGUUCUAUAUUGGUUACGGUUGUUCCUUCAUUAAUGGUACCGGGUCUUUCAGAGUCGCUUGGGGUAUCCAAAUCAUCCCCGGUUUGAUCUUGAUGGCGGGGAUUCCAUUCUUGCCUGAGUCUCCAAGAUGGUUGGCGUCUAUCGGUCACUGGGAUGAAGCUGUCGAAAUAAUCACUAGGGUUACCGGUAAAGGUGAUGCCAGUCACAGGGACGUUGUCAUCCAGCUUGAGGAAAUCAAGGAGCAGUUAAUCAUCGAUGAAAAUGCUUCCAACUUUCAAUACUGGGAUUUGUUUAGAAAGGAAAACAUCAAGAGAACCUCCGUUGGUAUCUUUGCCCAAAUAUGGCAGCAAAUGUGUGGGAUGAACGUUAUGAUGUAUUACAUUGUCUACAUUUUCGAGAUGGCCGGUAUGACUGGUAACAUUAACUUGGUUUCUUCCUCUAUCCAGUAUGUUAUCAACGUUGUCAUGACCAUUCCAGCCUUGUUGUUUAUUGAUAAAGUCGGUAGACGACCACUUUUGUUGGUUGGCGCUGUACUCAUGAUGACCUGGCUAUUUGCCUCAGCUGGUCUUUUGGCAACUUACUCCCAGCCACAGCCAAACGGCUUCGAUGGUAACAACACUGUCAGAAUUUCCAUUCCAGACACCGAGGGCAAGGCGGCUAAAGCGGUCAUUGCCUGUUCGUUCUUGUUUGUUGCUUCCUUCGCUCCCACCUGGGGUCCCGGUAUCUGGUUGUACUGUUCCGAAAUAUUCCCAACCCACCAGAGAGCCAAGGCAUCUGCUCUCUGUGCAGCUUUCAACUGGAUCUUUAACUUUGCCCUUUCCAUGUUUGUGCCUUCUGCUUUCAGGAACAUUACCUGGAAGACCUACAUCGUCUUUGGUGUCAUGUGUAUUGCCAUGUUCUUUCACGUCUACUUUAUGUUUCCUGAAACAAGAGGUAAGACUUUGGAAGAAAUUUCAAAGAUGUGGGAUGAGAAUAUUCCUGCUUGGAAAACCACUAGUUACAUCCCAGAUAUGCCUAUUACUGACGAUAAAGGCGUUCAUCUCGAACACAAGGAAAAUCUCUCCGGAGAACUCUCUGAGGAACUCUCUGACUAA